AUGACUCUUUUUAUCUCCCGCUGUUGUGUUAAGGAUGCUGAGGGCCCCCAGGCCUUGUGCGACCUCUGCCUGGCUCAGGUGUGUUGCAGCCUGGACUCACUGUGCAGCAGGCGAGCAGACGGCUCCAUGUGCCUCGCCUGGGCCCCGCUCUUCCCACAGGAGAUGGCCGACCAACUUCUGCGUCAGAUGGCAACCACAGGGAUACUGAAUGACACAACUGUUGGGAUUUUCCGAAACUGUAAAGAGCUCCGCCUGCGCCGAGCCGCCGUCCGCUGCUGCCCCGUUUCCACCGAGGCUUUCCACCUGGCCCUCUGCCCUCACCGCCUCCAGGAACUAGAUGCCUCCUGGGUCUCUGGCGGCAUCACUGGGGCUGACAUUAUCUCAGGCCUCGCUGCCAACCUGGAGUGCAGGUCCAGCCUGCAGAAGUUGUCCCUCAACGGGUUGCACCUGGACUGGGGGUCUCUGCCGGAGGAUGGAAGGGUCCGAGUUGGCUUCAGCUCUCUGCAGGGCCUGAGGACGCUAAACCUGGCCAACACAGACCUGACCGACGCUGCCCUGGAGGAUAUCUGCACUCUCCCUCAGCUGGAGACGCUGGAUAUCUCGUGCACUGCUGUCUCAAAGCUCACGGCGCUCCUUCAGUGCAAGAACACCCUCAGGUCUGUAAUCGCCCACCGGCUGCGGCAGCUGGAUAUGUCCCCUGCCAGGCUGCUCUCUGUCCUCGGCCAGCUCCACGCUCUCAGGCAUCUGGACUUCUCAGAUGACCACCUUGCGAUGGAUGACAAUGACGGGAGAGAUGGGGAGGAGCUGGUGCAACAGCUCCUGGAGGGGAGUCCCCAGGUUCUCCCUUCCCUCAUUUCUCUCGAUAUCUCUGGGCGGAAGAGAGUCACGGAAGCAGCCGUCCGAGCAUUUGUGGAGUCCAGAGGUGGGCUGGUCUUCUUGGGCCUGCUAGCCACCGGGGUUAGCUCCUGUGACGUCCUUUCUUCACAGGCAAACCUCAAAGUAACCGGAGAGGCUAAUGAGAACCAGGUUUGUGAGGCCCUGAGAAGGUACAGAGACAGGGAGUGUUUCAUCCGAGAGGCCCUCGUCCAUCUCUACAAUCUAACCAUAGACAUCGCCAAACCACGGCCGGAUAUGCUGAAGCUGGUGCUGAGCGCCAUGCGGAGCCACCCCACCUCUCUGCACGUCCACCUGGUGGCCACUGCAUGCGCGUUCAACCUGACCACUCAGGACCUGGCCGAGGCCAUGCCCGUCGGCCUGCUCACCUCCGCCAUCGCCCAGCUGCUCAACGCCAUGAAGAGCUUCCCCAGCCACCAUCAGGUGCAGAAAAACUGCCUGCUGGCUCUCUGCAGUGACUACAUCCUGCAGGAUGUCCCUUUUGACAAGUAUUUGGCAGCCACGCUGGUGAUUAACUGGCUGAGCAGCCACGAGGAUCCGACCCUGCAGAGGAUGGCUGUGGCUGUCAUCUCCGUCCUGGUGGCCAAGUUGUCCACAGAACAGACUGCAAAGCUCAGCAAGGACGUCUUCAUUAUGAAGCAGCUGCUGGCUAUCGUGCAGCAGAAGGCCAUGGUGGGAGUGGUGGACUCCACUCUGAAGUUUGCCCUGAGUGCUCUGUGGAACUUGACGGACGAGAUGCCCAGUGCAGCCCACAACUUCAUCGAGUGCCAGGGCCUGGAGCUGUACGAGGAGGUUCUGGAGACCUACUACACUGAACCUUCUAUUCAGCAGAAAGUUCUUGGCCUCCUGAACAACAUAGCCGAGGUGGAGGAGCUGCAGUCCCAGCUGCUGGAGGAGGAUCUGCUGGAACACAUCCUCACCAUCCUGCAGGACCCCCAGUUGGAGGUUGGGGUCCGUUACUUUGCCGGAGGGAUUCUUGCGCAGCUCACCUCCAGACUGGAGGCCUGGACCCUGGACACUGAGCUCCGCGCCAACAUACUGAAGCAGCUGCACGCUUCCAUAAUGACAUGGACUCAGCUGGAGAGAGAAAUGGUCUCGUACAGGUCGUUCCAUCCAUUCCGCCCUCUGCUCCAGACCUGUCAGCCCUCGGGAGUGCAGCUGUGGGCAGUCUGGGCCAUACAUCUGGUCUGCAGUCAAAACACCUCACACUACAGGAACAUGUUGGAGAAGGAAGGGGUGACGGAACUUCUGAGGGCUUUGGCUGCGAAUCCUGACACACACGGAGACAUUAGAGGACUAUCAGAGAGCAUUUUACGGAUGGUAGAGCAACAGCAGAGUCACUCGGGAGCCAUCAGCAGCCAGAAGGGGCCGUGAAGCUCUUGACAGCAGUGUAAAGGAAAAUAUUAUUUAUGAUUUUAGGUGUUUGAGCUG